UUCAUUCCAAUCAAAACGGAUCCCAUUUCUCUCUUCUCAAAUCAAUUCUUUAAUAUUUCUGGAGUGUCAGCUUUUUUAUGAUUUAUGCUGCAUGGAACGGUCUGAGAUGCGAGGGUUCUAACGCGAUUUCGUACCUACUCGGCGUUCGACUUUGGAAUAUCAGUUGAGGAUUUCCCAAAUACAAUGCUCAGCGAGAGCUGGUGAGGGAAGAAAGAAAGAGAGAAAGAACGAAAGAACGAAAGAAAGAAAGAAAGAACUUGGAAGUUAUCAUACACGCUCGAGACCGAGAUCAACUUUACAACUAGGAGAACACAACCUCAGCCACGACCUCGACCUCGAGAAUUACCAUAUAAUAAAUCAUCAUUGGAUUAUAAUAUAGUCUUACUUUCUUUGAAGCAUUAAUAAUACCUCACUCUCUUUCUUCAUCAUGGCCACGAAACUCAAAAUGGCGGGCAUGCAUACCGCUGGAAUCUUCUCGGAUAUGACGGUUGAUGGCCCAGUAAUUGGUACUCUGGUUGUUAUCGUUGAUCGAGCCAAGAAUUUACCAAACAGAAAGACCAUUGGAAAACAAGAUCCUUAUUGUGCAGCUCGUCUGGGAAAGGAAGCAAAAAAAACGGAGACAGAUAAGAGAGGUGGACAAACCCCUCGAUGGGAUCAAGAGCUCCGAUUUACUGUUCACGAUUCACCGGAUUACUAUCAAUUGAAGGUCUCAGUAUUUAAUGACGACAAGAGAACAGAUCUGAUAGGAGAGACUUGGGUAAACUUACAAGAUGUCAUUGUUGCAGGAGGGGGACAAAGUGAUAUAUGGCAUAACUUAAACUUCAAGGGGAAAUAUGCGGGAGAGAUUAGGGUCGAGAUCACAUAUUAUGAUAAAAGACCCAAACCAGAGAAACCAGAGAAGAAGGAACCCAAACAAAACUCAUCGACAAUUACUCCAUCUACAUCUGUGCAAUCGAUAACGGAUUUCGGAAGUGUGAGUGGAAGUGGAAGUGGGAGUUUGAGAGAAGGAGUUGGUGGGCCAAGACAAUUAGGGGUGAAACCAAUUGUUAAGAGGCGGCCUCUACCAACCGAUCCAAUUACUGGAGCUCCAGCGCAACCUCCUGUGGCAGCACCCGCGCCAGCCCCGAUCCCUGCUGCGGUAUCACAUCCUGCCGAACUUGUUCAUACUCCUCCACGAGGAUAUCAGGCCCCAUCUACAGUUGACCAUGUGCAAAUGACCCCUACUCGUGGAUAUAGAGACUCUCCUUCUGCGAUACCAGAUCAUGUCCAGACCCCACCUCGAGGCUACCAAAACCCACCGACUGGAAUACCAGAUCACAUUCAGACACUGCCGCAAGGAUAUAAGAUGUCUCCAAAUGGUAUGCCGGAUCAUGUCCCUCGAGGAUAUGCAAAUCCACCGGUAAUUCAGGAUCAACCUUCGCCUCGUGGAUAUCCAAGUUCUGCUGCCAUGUCUGAUCCAAUGCAAGCGCAGCGUGGUUAUCACUCUCCUAUUGCUGGGCAAGAGCACGCGCAAACGCCACCGCGUGGAUAUCAGAACGGAUUCGCUCAGGAUCAAUCGCCUGUACAAAGAGUGGAAUACAACGCACCUUCAGCCCGGUAUAACCAACCCCAAGGAUAUGAUAUUAGUCCAGGAUCGACCCCAUAUGGAGGACCCCAAGACAUGAUGGUCGCAGCACCACCAAGUUCCCAAUCAAUGCGGAAUAACGAUAGAUAUGAGAUUCACGAUCCAAUGUUGAGAAAUGAUUACGAAAACGGUCAUGAUAUGAAUCAAUACGCGGCCCAUGAAGCGGAUCCUCGCGACAGAUAUGGAGGCUCUCGUAUGUUAACGUAUGAGCCUCAGCAGUCAGGUCCAUAUGAACUUCCGAUGAGCCCUGGUCCUCCGCCACCUCCCCCUGCUCAUGCAAGCAGACACGUGAAUUCGGUGCCAACUCUCGCGCAACCCAAGGCUGUCCAUGGCCGGCCAGUCAGUCGAGGAAAUUCCAAUCCAUACAACACUUCCAUGGAUGAUAUGCACCGCCACUCAAUGCCUGCUCAUACACAACCCACUUCAGCUUACCAGGCCUACAACCCACCAAAGAACGAUGACCAAUUCCGAAGGUCCGGAAAUGGAAACCCUUACCCACCCCGAAAGAACUCUUAUGAUUCGAGAGAUUUGAGGUACAAUCCCAGUUAUGAUGACAUGCAGCCGACUGUCGAGGAUGCCCCACCCACACCAGCUCCAGGACCAGGACCAAACAGUUAUCAGGCUGCUAUACCGCAUAGGGGUAGUGCACCAGGUGCCAUGCAACACCCAGCUGAAGGGAUGUAUGACCAAGUACCGGCACCAUUAAAUUUACGGCAUCGCCCUAGUCGCAAUAGUAUUGCAACAACUGCCCCGAGUCAUCAACAUUCGAAUAGCUCAGGUGGCUAUCCGACAUCUAGUUCUAUGUCUUCUGUCAGAGAUGGCGCUUCUGUAACCUCUAGAAAUUCUUACGGCCAACUCCCAUCAUCCCGCCAAGACAGAAGCCAGUCCCUAGGUGUGCAGAAUACUAAUGGAGACUAUGGUUUGCCUGAGAUGCCACCAACUUUGGUACCGGGAAUGGAUCCAAUCAUUGCAAAGGAAAUCUCGGAUCGGAUUUAUCACGAAAAACGAGCAAGUUAUAGCCAAAAUCCUGCAUCUUCGCAGCGAGGAAGAUAUCAAGAGAUUCCAAGACAUCAGCCACAACAGAUUCAACAGCCAAUACCCCUUCCCUAUCAUGAUAAUUCGGCUGUCGUCCCAUACUCACCACAAGCAGCAUAUGACGAUCGCCAAAGUCGAUACGCUGCGUCUACGGCUAUGGUGCCAGUAAAAUCUAGGGGCACGUCGCCUAAUCCCGGAAUGGAUAGACGAGGAAAUUCGCCUAACCCUAUGGAUCGAAGAGGCGUGUCUCCCAAUCCAAUGGAUAGAAGAGGUGCAUCUCCCAAUCCACCUAUGGACAGAAGGGGUGCUUCACCUAAUCCUAUGAACAGAAGAGGUACCUCUCCUAACCCAGCAGUCAUGCGAAAACCGGUCAGUCCUGCUCCGGAGCCUCGAAGAUUAUCUGGUAUUGCAUUCGGGCCAGAUUCAUAUGAUGUUUUCAAUCCAAGUCUGACAGGAUCGAAAUCUGCAACUUCUCUAAGUGCUGCUUAUGAUCCUAAAGAUGACCCCGAUGCGAAAAUCAUUACUUAUGAUGGCAGGGAAAUUGAUCCAAGUGAUCACAUCCCUGAAUCUAAUUAUGCACCACUCCUUGAACAAAAGGGACCAAAAUACGCUUCGCAAAUGCCAGAUCGCAAUUAUCGACCUCCACCAGCAGAAUACCCAAUGCCAUCAAAUGGUCGUAAGCAAUUACGUCAAGCAGGAAGGCCUCAGUCAAUGGCUGUCUCGUCCCCAAUUUACUUCAGCGGCGGCAUUCCUGACAACCCUCCAGCUACCGCUCAUAGGAAACUCCAAAAGAAGUCAAACCGCAUGUCGGCACAACCUGCAUACCAUUCGUCCCCAAAUGUACCGAUCUACAAAGAACCAACUUAUGCAUCUAGUAGAACGUCAAUGCAGAGACCCUCAACGGCUGAGUAUUCUCAUGACAGUUAUCAGUCAAAUGGUUAUCAGUAUGGAAGUAGCCCUGGAGGUGGAUAUCGAGGGGCGGUUGGGCCAGUCGUACCAGCGAAAAUUCCAAUGGCAUUACCGGCUCCAGCUAGUAGUGGCGCAGGGAGAGGAGGUGGAGGUGGGGAUGCGUGGGCGCUGUUGGAAGAAAUGAAAAACAUUGACUUAGGGGCCCCAAGUUCCAGAAGGAGAAGGCACUGAUAAAAAAUUUAAGCUCGAGACGAGUGUAGGCGGCGAUAGGGUGGUGCGAGCCGGAAAGGGAGAAAACAUAAUGUGUUAUAUUUUUUGUACGAUUGAGAUAGGAUAUAUCUGGUGGCUGCUUGUUUUCAUAUACCUUUUGCAUUUUCUUGCAUUCUUGAUUAUUGCACUCAUCUUCUGCGUUGGAUUUAGACUCUGGUAUCUCAAGGGUCUCAUAUCAAGGCUUUUAUGGGUAUAUAGCAGGUAUGGCGUUUUUCUUUGAGCAAUUGUGCUCUGUUAAGAUAGGGAAAGGGAAAGAUGAUGGGUAGAGAGCAGUGAACGGGCUAAUGGGGAAUUCAAAAGGCAUUGGUUUGGAAAGGAUGAUGGAAUGGGAACAGACGAGCCCUGUCCGGGUUUGGUAGGAUAGGAUGAGUUGAGAAGGAAUGGAGACUUGGAGAAUAUAUCAAAAUUGGGAGGUUAGGAAUCAAAUAGGUGGAGGGGUAGAGGAAGGAAGGCAAGGACGAAUGAAAAUGCAAAUGAAUAUGA